AUGGCGGAUCUCCAUCGCCAGCUACAGGAGUACCUGGCGCAGGGGAAAGCGGCAGGACCGGCGGCCGCGGAGCCGCUGCUCGCCGCGGGGGAAGCGGAGGGGUCCGCGGCCGGGGACGGACCGGCGUGGGCGUGGCUAGGCCGCGGGGGCCUGCGCUGGACGUGGGCGCGGAGCCCCGCGGAGCCAGCGGCGGCGGGCCCGGCGUGCGUGCCGAGGGUGACGCGCGGGCAGCGGCUGGCGGCGGGCGGCGGGUGCCUGCUGCUGGCGGCGCUCUGCUUCGGCCUGGCCGCGCUCUACGCGCCCGUGCUGCUGCUGCGCGCGCGCAAGUUCGCGCUGCUCUGGACGCUGGGCUCGGCGCUGGCGCUGGCGGGAGGCGCGCUGCUGCGGGGCGGCGCGGCGUGCGGGCGCCUGCUGCGCGGCGAGGAGGCGGCGUCGCGGCCCGCACUACUCUACGCGGCCGCGCUGGGCGCCACGCUGUACGCGGCGCUGAGUCUGCGCAGCACGCUGCUCACGGUGCUGGGCGCCUGCGCGCAGGUGGCCGCGCUCCUGGCCGCGCUGCUCGGCCUGCUGCCGUGGGGCGGCGGCUCCGCGCUGCGCCUCGCCCUCGGCCGCCUGGGCCGCGGCGCCGGCCUCGCGAAGGCCCUGCCCGUGUGAGAGCCCGCGCCGUCGGGAAGGACGAGGAGCCGGCGCCGGCCAGCACCGUCGGGGACCAGCCAGCCGAGCCAGGGACUGGGCGGGCCGGUUCGUUAGCCGCCCGCCGCCCGCCGCGACACGGCCCGCAGACACGCGGACGGCGCGGGGCAGAGGCCCGCCCUUGACUGUGCCGGCCGCUCCGUGGACUCGGAGCGCCUGCUGCGACGCACGAACAGUGUCAGAAGCUCCUCGACUUCAGCGUUUUGUGCUAUACUCGGCUCGGAAAACGAGAUCUUGUCAUUGAAUUGGUGAUAGUAUGCUGUAACACGGCAAUUGGAGGUUGCUUUAGCAUUGUUUGGUCUUAGACUUGAGCUGAGAAAAAAACAAUAGCUUUUCUUUGAA